CAAGUUUGAGGAUAACAGAGGAAGAUUAAGAAAAUUAUACAUGACUCGCAUCAUUUAAAUCUCAAAAUCGAUUUACUGAACGUAAUCCCAAUUCUCAAAUCAAAUUUUAAGCUGUUUCAGGAGUUGCUUCAGUAAUCGAGCAUGUGUAGGAUUCUAUGAGCUUCUUCAACCAAUUCAACUUCAAUUGGAGAAUAUAGUGCCUCACUUCCUCAUCUUAUCUGCACAGUAACAUUUCUAACAGGAAGGAAGAAAAAUGGUGUUUGGUCAAGUAGUAGUUGGUCCUCCUGGCUCUGGGAAAACAACUUACUGUAAUGGCAUGUCUCAGUUUCUCACUCUAAUUGGAAGGAAGGUUGCUAUUGUCAAUUUGGAUCCAGCUAACGAUUCAUUACCAUAUGAAUGUGCUGUGAACAUUGAGGAUCUUGUGAAACUUAGUGAUGUCAUGAUAGAACACUCUCUUGGUCCUAAUGGGGGUCUUGUAUACUGUAUGGAUUAUCUAGAGAAAAAUAUUGACUGGUUGGAAGAAAAAUUGAAACCUCUUCUGAAAGAUCAUUAUUUACUCUUUGAUUUUCCUGGCCAAGUGGAACUAUUUUUUCUUCAUUCAAAUGCCAAGAAUGUCAUCAUGAGGCUCAUAAAGAAAUUAAGUUUAAGGUUAACGGCAGUGCAUUUGGUUGAUGCUCAUCUUUGCAGUGACCCUGGGAAGUACAUCAGUGCAUUGCUUCUAUCCUUAUCCACAAUGCUACAUCUAGAACUCCCCCACAUAAAUGUCUUGUCAAAAAUUGAUUUAAUCGAGAGCUACGGAAAGCUAGCCUUCAACCUUGACUUUUAUACAGACGUGCAAGACUUGUCAUAUUUGCAACACAGUCUUGAUAAAGAUCCUCACUCUGCUAAGUACAGAAAGCUAACAAAGGAAUUGUGUGAUGUCGUUGAACACUACAGUCUUGUGAACUUUACAACUUUAGAUAUUCAGGACAAAGAGAGUGUAGGGAAUUUAGUGAAGCUGAUAGACAAAACCAAUGGGUAUAUAUUUGCUGGCAUAGAUGCAAGUGCAGUUGAGUUUAGCAAGAUUGCUAUGGGAGCUCCUGAUUGGGAUUAUUAUAGAGUUGCAGCAGUGCAAGAGAAGUACAUGAAGGAUGAUGAAAAUAGUAAUGAUGAUUGAUGAGGAAAAGCUGAUUAUUCUCUUGCAGCAAUGUAAGAGAAUGAUCACCUAGUAAUUUUACUUCAUUCGAUAUUAAGUUGUUUAUGGAACAUUACGAAAUUGACAGUGUCUGUAUUUCUCAUCCUUAUGGUGCUAAAGAUUUUGACAAUAUGGUGGAAGCAAUAGAGCUUUUAUUUACUUAGUUUCAGGAUAUUAGCGUACUAGACUCGGCUAACUUUGUUUGUAUAGAACCCUACCUCCUUUUUGUAUCGAACGAUAUGUUUGUUGUUAUUUGAAGUCAAUUCAUUUUAAUUUCUGCA